ACCUGUUGAUGUCGUGCGUCAAUAAUGCCAGCUUAAUACAAUCUGUGGUGGCUGGUGGGCGUGUGUCCUCCCCCUACAGCAGAAGCACCGUCUCCUCGUAAUCGUUCGCUCCCAGAACCGAAAACAGACAGGAACGUUCCUCUUCAGUGACAAGGACUGUGAUUCUCCGCUGAAUAGCCACAGAUAUAAGAAGAGUGAACUUAAUAUAGAAAAUAAAACUGCCAUUUUCAGCCUGAGCGAAGUACAGCCGAAAGGUGGCUCGGCACACGCCUACAGGUAACUAAUAUCGGGCGACAACGUAGACUGUAGAUAGAUACCUUUAAAAGCUUUCCCAUUAUUCUGAAAAUUAUAGACACAUGCCCUGAUUCAUGAUCUAUUUUGGUCUUCCCUCAAAGUAAGAAUGUGAAAGCAUUUUUGCUCCCAUAUAAAUAUUCCUCUUUAGACUGUAACAACAAAGACAAGACUUCCUUAUGCAUAAAACGUCGGAAAGACUGAGUUUUAGCGCUAAAAGAUCACAACAUGUGAGACAAUAAUGACAAGAUGUUGAGUCGUAAUAACGGGGCGUCGGGGCUACCCGCCAAAAUUACGCGGGAAAUUUAGCCGCCACCAAUGACGUCACUACAACAGCAAAGUCCGGCGGUGCGCCGUGGGCGUGCCAGGGGCAGAUCACAGAGCCAACCCGCAUCUACACGCCCAUUAUCCAUUACACCCCACAACAACGGCCACACCACGCCCGCGAGUGUAGGGAAUCGUACAGGGAGGAAGGAGUGGACUAUACACGGCGUGAGCACCAGAAGGCACCACUCCGCACAGCCAGACCCAAAGGCCUACCCAGGAGACCGCCGAAGUCUGGGAUCUCCAGCGCCGUCAUCCUGCGGUUCGACAUCGUCAUCAGUGCGGACUGUCGAGGCCUUCACGCCCGCUUCCCGCAUGCGGGGGGCCAGGGUGAGCGGCCCCCCCAAACUAGGGGUGUUCCGCCCUCGUCCAGCGCCCCCCACCACCUUCAGGAGGAUGUAUGAGCGUGGUGACGUGCCCGUGACUCUCCACCAUGACCACCACGGCCACAACCUCCGCUGGAAAGUGGAGGUGGAGAAGUUGGAUUACCACCACUACCUGCCUCUGUUCUUCGACGGACUGAGGGAGACGACCCACCCUUACGACUUCUUCAGUAGGGCGGGUAUCAGGGACCUGCUAGCCCGCGGGGGUGACAAGAUCCUCCCCGUCAUUCCCCAGCUCAUUCUCCCCAUCAAGAGCGCCCUAAACACCCGCGACGUGAGGGUGAUCUGCACGGUGCUGAAGGUCCUGCAGGAGUUAGUCAUGUCGGCGCCUUUAGUGGGGGAGUCCCUCGUGCCCUACUACAGGCAGAUCCUCCCCACACUGAACCUCUUCAAGCACAAGAACGUUAAUUCAGGGGACGAGAUCGACUACUCACAGCAACGGAGAGAGAACCUGGGAGACUUGAUCCAGGAGACACUGGAGAUACUAGAGAGACAUGGAGGCCGAGACGCUUAUAUUAACAUCAAGUACAUGGUGCCCACCUACCAGUCCUGUGUCAUGAACUGAAGAAGGAAGUCCUGUCCACACCGCAACUGGGUCCUGAUUGGUAACCCUUCAAGUCGUAGGAGUUGGUUGUUGCUAAAUGCGUUGUGAUGUCACAUCGAGAAAUAUACGGCCAUUGCUUUUUUUUUUUCGAUGUUUGGUAUAUCGCUGUUGUCUUUUUCAUCAAGAAACAUUAAUGUUUUCCUGAUUUUUUAAAGUUGUAUUAGAGAUUGCAAAUAAAUUAAAAGCUAUUGAAUUAAGUCUGACAUAACGAUCACGUCAAACUUAUACGAUUAUUGUAAUGAUCGCAAAGUGUUAACACAAGACCGUCAGUUUUAAAAGAUUCUUACGUUGAAAUGUGUCUUGACGGGGAAUAAGAGAAUUCGUUACAGAAGAGCAGCUUCAAAAUUGUGGCCACCGUCUUUAAGUUAGAGCCAGUAGGGUCUCACACCCUCGUUUAGAAGAGAAACAUAUUAACGUAUUAACCUUUGACAAUCUGAGGCCUGAUUUUUUACUAUACUUAAUAUUCACGCUAUGUUAUCACCUAUGAUGUCAUAUUUCGAUAUUCUCUUCAAUAUCAGCUCCACAGUUUAUGGCUCUCACGUUGUUAUCUAAAAUUACGCUUUGUUAUCAUAUCCUUACUGCAUUUAUUGCGUCAACAUAUUCUCAGAAAUACUGAUAAUGAUUCAGGACCUGCACAUGUGCAUCAUGGAGACUGUACAGUACUGUAAAGAGGUGAAAAUUAAGGCAAUAGCAGAUAAAAGCCGACUUUAGUUGUGUUGAAGGAAAAGUAAACGUAUUGAGUGAAUUAUAAUUAUAGUGUAUACAGGUACGGUCUAUCAUUGUGUGUAGUGUAUAUUAUGUUGGUUUAUUGAUUCACAGAAUAUGUGUAGGUUAAUAACUUAGUGUACAAGCUUGUAUCAGAUGUUGAUUCUUGUAAGUGAAUAUAUUCUAUGUACGUACUGCAUUUAUUGAUAGGUGGAUCAAAGAAAGCGGAUAUUAGUUAAUGAUCAAGUGUGUCAAACAUGGUCAACAGUUAGAUUAAAAAUACCGAACACAAGGAGAAAUGGCUCCGAUUUCAUGUACUAAUAGCUACAUGAUAGGUUACAGGAAUAGUAACUCAGGAUAUAUAGCGGGCUUAAAGCCACGACUUAUACUGUAGGUAGUUGAAAGUUAUCAAAUUAUGGGCACAUUAAUGUUAAAAUGUGCCAUUACGCUUUGACAACUAAGGUGUUCAAGAGCGAAUUUUAGGUUAGUAAAUACACUAGUCAUAAACAUAUAGAUAAUGAAAAUAGAUACAGCGUCUUGAAAUAUUAUAGCGGUGACGUAAGGCACAACGAGUUUAGAAUCAGCUGAGAGUUGUCGAAAGUCACAACUGUGGUCGACAAAUUGGACAGUGUUAAAAAAAUGUGUUACGAAUGACACCUCUACACCGUCAGAUCUUUUAAGCUAGACGACCCUCUCCUAACCUAACGAACUUUAGGUAAAUUGGGUAGGUUAGGAUAGUUGCGGUUGGUUAGUUAGUUUCAUCUGAAAGAAAUGGUUAAACGAUUGUAUUCAUGAAUGUUCUUUUGACAUAGACCAUUUUGCCCAUGGAUUUUUAAAGGGUAAAUGCUAUGUUAUCGGAACGUUAUCAUUUUCGUGGUUUAGGUAAGUUAUCCUCCAAGUCGUUAAUAUUCCGAUAUUUGUAACGUUAUCCUCCGCCUAUACUUGACAGGUAGACUAAGGUGUAGACCCUAGGUAAGUCGGCUGUCUUCCGUAGGAUACAAUUACGUAUCUUAAAGUUCCUCUCAUCCUCAAAACUGUGGAUUUGUGUAGCAAAAUAGUCCCUGAGAAGACCUAAGGCUAGUAACUAAUAGUUAACUAGUACACGCAAUAUAGCCUCGUGGAGGCCAUUAAUCUAGUAACAUAUAGUAAAAUGUAUUAACUGUUGAAUAACUGAUUUCUCAAUUAGUAUAAUUUAUUUUAACUAAAACAUCAUUUAAUAAAUGAAACGUGAGAUCGUCAAGAACCAUCACUACAGUAGAAAAUGGAUAUCAACACAUAACCUCAUCUAGUAGAUAAACUCAUGUAGUAGCUCGCCAUAACUUGACAAUGACUAUUAUUUGUUUUAUGUUUGCUGUCAUAAAUGGUUAAAUAAUACACAGGCUAAAUUCAUACCUGGGUCAAGCAACGGUCUUAAGAGCUACAGUAGAUUGCUAUAAUCCCAGUACAGUUUAUCAAUAUGUUCUCUGGUCUAAAAGUUUCAAUAUUUUAAUCACAAUAAUAGUAAAUAAAAACGUUAAUUAUAUUAUUUCAUCUUAAGAGUGCCAUAUAAAUAAUUACACCAUAAUAUUUUCAAAAUUAUCUCGUAACUCAGCAGCGUUUGUUUACAUUUUAGAGAUAAAUAAAAUAAAAUGUUCUUCAUUAAUUAUUUCAUCUGCGUAACAGACUUUGACGUUCACAAAUCUGCACAUUAUGCACACACGUAUUUAACAGGAGACGAGGUAUGUAUGUAUACCUGUGUGCACAUAGGUGUACACUAAAAUAGGUUGCAUGACAGAUUUUACGAAUUACUAAGCGGCCAAAGGUAACUGAUUUCCGUAGUUAAGGUGAACAGGGUACAAAUGAGGAUAUAAUAGGGCUCACAGUGAUGAUGUAAUAGGGUGCACAGUGAUGUAAUAGGGUACAAAUGAGGAUAUAAUAGGGCGCACAGUGAUGAUGUAAUGGGAUGCAAAGUGGUGUAAUAGGGCGCACAGUGAUGUAAUAGGGUGCACACCGAGGAUAUAAUAGGGUGCACAGUGAUGAUGUAAUAGGGUGCACAGUGAUGAUACAAUAGUGCACACUGAGGAUAUAAUAGGGUGCACAGUGCGAUCAGUGCACAGUGCAGUUAUAAGAGGGUGCACAGUGCGGUCAUAAUAUGGUGCACAGUGAUGACAUACUGUUGUAAUUAAACACAAAACAUGAUACAAAUCCACUGCCUUUAUAUCACUGCAGGUCAAGAUUUCAGGUUAAUAAAACACCCAUCCAUAAGUUUAUAUAUACGCAAUGUAGUAAAUCUAAAUGUCCUUAUAGGUGUAUCUACGGUAACUAUUUGUAUACAGCGGUCGUACUAGAUUUGCUUCUUGUAUCACGAAACCAUUCGACUUGUGCCGUAAGCAUUAAUGGGCUAAUUACCCCUUCUGGUACAAUUCAUAAUAGAUGUGUUGAGUAUCUCUCCUUAAGGCAUUUAUUAGUUUAACACUUAUUGAAAAAAGACAGUUAUUUCAUGGCCUUUUUAUAGAAUUUGUUAGUCCUUGAAUUUUAUAUACUGUAUAUAUAUAUAUUUUAUAUUUAACACCAGGUAGGAGACAAAAGGCACAAUGAUCUCUGGAAAAAAGUUUUGUACCUUAAUUCGUUUCCCAACUGAUGUUUAAAUGAACGAGGAUCUAGUUAACCUAUAUUCUUACAGUGUUCAUAAUAAUGUGUUAUUUUACUGGUGCCAGAAAUUUUAUUAAUUUUAUGAGUAAAGUUUGUUAGUAUAGACAUAUUAUAUUAGUUUAUUGGAACCUAUUUACCGACAAGGGGACAGUAAGAGUAUGUUAAUUUAUCAUUGGAAUUUCCUAGUCAUAUUUUAUCAUUGCCAUUUCCUAGUUAUAUUUCACAAUUGCCAUUUCCUAGUUAUAUUUUAUCAUUGCCAUUUCCUAGUUAUAUUUUAUCAUUGCCAUUUCCUAGUUAUAUUUCACAAUUGCCAUUUCCUAGUUAUAUUUUAUCAUUGCCAUUUCCUAGUUAUAUUUUAUCAUUGCCAUUUCCUAGUUAUAGUCUAACAUCGGUAUUUCCUAAUUACAAUAUGUAUUUGUUAGUGGCCAUUAAUAACCGUCCGUGUGAUAAGUUAACGCGAGAGGCAAUAAUUUUAACAUGCUAGACUUGGUGAUAGACGUGUAAUGAGUUUUUCUGAACAUAUUGCACACUGUGAUGUUUAAAUAGACAUUGUUGACAA